UAUGUAAAUAGAUUAGAAAUUCUUGCAUGUUUACUUAGUCAAAUAUUUCAAACAAAACAACACUUGUCACAAAUACUUCACAAAUUAAAUCAAUGGCAACAGUACAAAAAUACAGUUAGUGCCUUUCAUCCAUUCAUUAAUUCCUAUAAUUUUUACAAUUGUUACCUUAUUUUUCUCCCAACAGUUAUAUUAUUACCUUUUUUUUUUAAUUUAUGUUUAUAUAAAGUUAAGAACAUGUAACAUUCUGUUUCAUUUCAACACGAAUUCAAAUUAAUCAAAAAACACAAUGGACACUACUAAGAAAAAAGAGAAGAAGAAAGAGGUAAUACGAUUAGAACGCGAAUCAGUUAUUCCCGUACUCAAAUCAAGAUUGAUCAUGACACUAGCAAAUUUAAUCGAAAAUGAUUCAGAUCGCGAUGAAUUUCUCAAGUUAUGCAAGAGAGUACAAUACACAAUUCGCGCUUGGUACAACAUUCAAUUCGAAGACCUAAUGGGCUUAUACGCUUUAUUUGACCCCGUCCACGGGUCCCAAUGUCUCGAUCAACAAAAAUUAAACGAUGAUGACAUAGAUGAGCUAGAACAAAACUUCUUAACAUACUUAUUCCAAGUCAUGGACAAAAGUAACUUCAAAAUUGCUAGUGAUGAAGAAUUAGAGAUCGCGAACGCAGGUCAGUACUUAUUAAAUCUCCCAAUAACGGUUGAUGAAUCGAAACUUGACACUAAGCUUUUGUCCAAAUACUUUGCUCGUAACCCUUGCGAUGAAAAACUCCCCGAAUUUGCGGAUAAAUAUGUGAUUUUUCGACGUGGAAUUGGUAUAGAUAGAACAACGGAUUGGUUUAUAAUGGAAAAAAUCGACAUGAUCAUCGCACGUACAUGGAAAUGGUUGAUGAAAAGAACAGGAGGGGAUAAAUUUUUCGGUAAAAAAAUAUAUAAACGUAAUAAAAAACCGCGAAAAAAACGAAUACCAUCGGAGGAGGAACAAGAUUUUUACGUAGAAAGAAUUAGAAUACAAAACAUGGAGCUAACGUUACCAAAUGUGCUUAGUAAAAUCACAAUUCAAGAGCCAACGUUCGAAAGAAUUAUAGUUAUUUAUAGACGUGCAAGUGAGGAGGACGAAAAACCCGAUAGGGGUAUUUACGUCAAACACUUGAAAAAUAUACCGAUGGCGGAUUUAGAAAUUGUGUUGCCCGAGAAAAAAAACCCUAGUUUAACCCCUAUGGAUUGGGUACAAUUUAUUGCAUCGGCCGUGGUAGGUCUAUUCGCGGUUGUUACAUCUCUUGACAUGCCUCAAGCUGACGCGUGGGUCCUCUUUGCGAUUUUAUCGACAGUAAUAGGUUAUUGUGCCAAGAUAUACUUUACAUUUCAACAAAAUAUGGCACAAUAUCAAAAUUUGAUCACUCAAUCGAUGUACGAUAAACAAUUAGAUAGUGGAAGGGGUACGUUACUACAUUUAUGCGACGAUGUGAUACAACAAGAGGUUAAAGAAGUUAUAAUAUCGUAUUUUAUACUUAUGGAACAAGGUAAGGCGACGUUGAUCGAUCUCGAUACGCGAUGUGAGGAGUUGAUCAAGGAGAGAUUUGCUAUAAGUUGUAAUUUUGAUGUAGAUGAUGCAGUGCAAAAGUUGGAGAAACUUGGGAUUGUGUCUAAGGAUGAAAUUGGAAGGUAUUUUUGUAUUGGACUUAAGAGGGCUAAUGAAAUUAUUGGAUCAACUACUGAGGAACUCGUACUUAAAGCAAGACAGGCUCAGUCUGGCGUUACUAAUUCAUGAGCCAGAUUGAAUUUGGAAUUCUAUUUUUUUGGAAUUUUUAUAAUGUUGUGUUAAUUUUAACUAUCCUUGAGAGAGCAUGGUAGAUGGAGUUUUAUCCAAAAUUUUUAUUAUUUCAGUUUUGUGUCAAUUUGUAGCCAAAAAAGAAUAAAUGAGUUUUGCUUCUUUCUUUUUUUUUUA